AUGGCAGCACUGAAGGUUACAAGUAAAACGAUGACCGUCGAUUGGGAAGACCUGAAAUAUCAUAGUGGUUUCGGCAAUCAUUUUUCAUCCGAAGACCCACGUUGUCCAGAUGCAUUACCAAAAAAUCAAAAUACGCCUCAGUUGUGUCCAUAUGGACUCUAUGCCGAACAAUUAUCUGGAACGGCGUUUACGGCACCAAGAGAAACAAAUCAGCGAACUUGGUUCUAUCGAAUUUUGCCAGCAGUGUUGCAUGCACCAUUUACUCGCAUAAAAUCGGAUUUGAUUACCAAUCAAUGGGAUAAAUUAGAACCGAAUCCAAAUCAAACACGAUGGAAACCAUUCAAUAUUCCAUCAGUUGAAGACGAAAAGAAAGAUUUUCUCGAUGGAUUAGCAACUUUAUGUGGCGCUGGAGAUCCUUGUGCUCGGCAUGGCAUCUCGGUUUCAAUCUACGCUUGUAACAGCUCAAUGGAAGAUCGAGCUCUCUGCAAUGCCGAUGGAGAUUUUCUCAUUGUUCCACAACAUGGUGCAUUGCGUAUCACGACCGAAUUUGGUCGAAUGUUAGUUAAACCGGAAGAAAUUUGUGUUAUUCAACAAGGUAUUCGAUUUUCCAUCGCUGUUGAUCAACCGUCCCGAGGUUAUGUACUCGAAGUUUUUGACAAUCAUUUUUGUUUACCAAGCUUGGGACCUAUUGGUGCAAAUGGCUUAGCCAAUCCACGUGAUUUCGAAACACCGAUGGCUUGGUAUGAAGAUCGACAAUGUGAAUUUACUGUUGUUCAUAAAUAUCAAGGCAGUUUAUUCGAAUCAAAACUAAAUCAUUCGUGUUUUGAUGUUGUUGCUUGGCAUGGAAACUAUGCGCCGUAUAAGUAUGAUUUACGGAAAUUUGUUGUUGUUAAUUCCGUAUCAGUUGAUCAUUUGGACCCAUCAAUAUUCACUGUUUUAACGUGUCCUUCAUUAAAACCUGGUACAGCUAUUGCCGAUUUCGUUAUUUUCCCACCGCGAUGGUCGGUACAAGAACAUACAUUUCGCCCACCUUACUAUCAUCGUAAUUGCAUGUCGGAAUUUAUGGGGCUUAUAACUGGUAAAUACGAAGCAAAAGAAGCUUUUCAAGCUGGCGGUGCUACAUUACAUAGUUGCAUGACUCCACAUGGUCCUGACACUGAUUGUUUUGAAAAAGCAGUUACAGAUGAAUUGAAACCUAUGCGUAUCGCGGAAGGUUCAUUAGCAUUUAUGUUUGAGUCGUCUUUAAGUUUAGUUCUAACCAACUGGAGUAUGAAAGAAUGCGAACGUGUUGAUCACGACUAUUUCAAAUGCUGGUCAACAUUACGUAAGCAUUUUACUGGGCCAAAAUAA